AUGUCUCAGAAGCGACAAAGUAAGAAUAAUGAAUCAAUAAAUAACACAGACUUGAAAAGUGCUGUAAAAGAAUGUGUUAGAUACAUUUUCUGUCGUGAAGGUAGCAAAAUUCCCAUCAAAAGAGCUGAAAUUUUAAAGCAUAUACAAAGUGUUUGUGAAACACCCUCUAAUCAAGUAAAUAAUGUGAUAGUAGAAGCCAAUAAUGUGCUGAAGACGGUAUAUGGAUACAAAUUGAUACAAGUGGACGCAAAGAGUGGGGUACAGUACAUUGUGGUACUAAAUGAUGAAUGUAAUUCUUUACAUUCAAGUGUCUCCGACCCCCAACAACGAAGAUUAUUAAAUGCGGCACUAACUCAUAUAUAUAUGUCUGGUGGAACUGUAAAAGAAGAUGAUAUGUGGAAAUUCCUUACUGAAGCGGGCUUGCUAGAAGAAAACGAUUAUGCUGGACGCAAACUAUUAAUGAACACGAUGACAAGACAAAUGUACUUACAAUACAACAAGGUUGGAGAUGGUGAAUUAGCAAGAAACGUUUUCGAGUGGGGACAAAGGGCGAUAGAAGAAGCACCUAAAAUGUAUCUUCUCAAGAAAAUGGCCGAAGCAUUUGAUAAGAGCCCUGGUCAUUGGUGCGAACAGUACAAAGAAGCCACAGAAGGCACCUAG